AUGGACAACAUCGAUUCGUAUUGGUCAAUGCAGGAUGACGCCGCCGGCAACCAGGGUUACAGCCCUGGCCCCAGCGCGUCACAUCCGCCCUAUGUCGCACGCACCAACUCGCAGUCGCGCUUGGUGCAAUUGCAGCAGCAGCAGCAGCACGCAAGCCAACAGCACCAGCACCCCCACCAGCAGCAUCAACAACAUUUGCAGCAGCAUCAACAGCACCUGAACCGACAGCAGCAGCAGCAGCAGCAACACCAGCAGCAACACCAGCAGCAACCGCAACACCACUCGUCGUCAACCUACGGCCUCAGCCCCUCGGCCCUGGAUCCGUCGAGUUUCUCGAGCCAGUUCAUUCUCCCCCGCUUUGCAAGUGGCGGCCCCGGGGAUGCGUUCGGCUUUGGCGUCGCCGUGGCUGAAGCGACAAAGUCAGUUGCUCCUCACCUCACCCAAGAUGUGGAACUCGAUACGAUGCAUCAAGACUGAUAUUAUGUACUCUGCUAUCCUUUCACGCUCUUCCUUGCUUUGCUCCGCGCCGUCUGCAAUCCUGGCUUCCCGAUCGGCUUUGAUUGGUGUCGCCCACGCUGUGCGCUUGCUUCGCUCGCUCGUUUCUUGCCCGCCGGUGCCCCGCGCGCUCCCUCCACUUAACGACGACAACCAUCAAUCUCACCGCUCCAUAGUCCUGGCAACAGCAAUGACUACAAGAACCCAGGAGCACUCGGUAUGCGAUCAUCCGGUUUGAUGUUGUCCAACUCGUUUGCCAACCUGUACAGCAGCUCCGCACCCACGGACAUUUACGGCGCUUUCGGCUCCGGCGCAGGCUGCGUCACUGACGUCGGCUAUGAGGACGCCACUCAACUCGGCUCCGCAGUUUCGGCCAGUGGGAUUGGCUCCACCCCUUCGCUCGGCGGUCUCCAGGCCAACCCGGCCAACUCACCUGUUCAUGGUGGUAGCGGUCAACAGCAGCUUGGGUCUGGGAUGCCCUCGCAGACAGGGGUCUCCCGACCUGUCACCGCAAACCAGACGAGCACGAACGGAAGCGCGACAGGACCGAACUCGGCGGUGUCUCAGCCCGCUCCCGCGCUCCCUAUGCACGCGAGCGAGGGAGGGCCUGUGUAUGCUCCAUAUGGAUCGUCCAUCAUCUCGAUCAACUCAAACUCGCCGACGGGUUACAAGAUGCCGGCACAGGCCGUCGCGAUGGCCCCUUCCCAGGCUCCUCCUCCAGGGUCAACCUACGAACCCGCAUCUUUGGGGUUGCCGGUGCCUCCGCCAGCUGGCGAGAGCAACAACUUUGCUGGACUAUACUCGUCGAGCGGGUUCGACAUGCUUGGUGUUUUAGCCCGCGUUGUGGCCCGGCCAAACCCGCAACUUUCGAUCGGAGCCGUGGACACGAGCUGCGCGUUCCUCGUUGUCGAUGCCAAGCGAUGGGAUCAACCCAUUGUUUUCGCUAGCGAGACUUUCACACGCAUGACGGGCUACCCGAACGACGAGAUCAUUGGCAAGAAUUGUGAGUCUUACUUUUGACUGCCCCGGUGUGGUGGCCUCCUGCGGCCAAAGCUCACAUCUGGUUAUUUGCACGCUCCCCAGGCCGAUUUUUGCAGGCGCCGACGGGUUCGCAAGCCCAGGGUGCUCCUCGCAAAUACACCGACAGCAACGCGGCAUGGCACAUGCGUGUUCACAUCGCGAGCGGCAAAGAGUCGCAGUCUUCCUUGAUCAACUACAAGAAGGACGGCAAGCCUUUCAUCAAUCUCGUCACUAUCAUCCCCAUCGCGUGGGACUCGGACGAGAUCACCUACUUCGUCGGCUUUCAGGUCGACCUCGUGGACCAGCCCAACGCCAUCCUCGAUCGCAUGAAGGACGGGACAUAUGUCGUCAAUUACUCGUUGUACAACAACACGGGCACUGUGUCGAUGCCGAGUCACAGGACGACCAUUUCCAUGGCCUCGAUCGAAGACAGGGCUGGUGUGGCAGAAGAAGGUACGAUUGUACCGACCCAGGGUGAUGAUAUCGAGUGGGAGAUGACCGAGGAGGACAGCAAAGCCAACGUCGUAGCCGCCGCCUCGGCUGUCGUCACUGGUGCUCGCCGAGGCUCGCUGGCCGCUGCUGCCGCGUCGACGACCUCUCUCGCGCCGUCCAAGGGCGAGCUCGACACGCUCGAGGUUAUUGAGCGUGAUGGGUUGCAAGGCCUCGAAUCGGAAGAGGACAGGCGAUCCUUUCAUAAGCUGCUGCUGAGUGAGGCCGACGACUUCAUCCACGUCUUGUCGCUCAAGGGCUCGUUCCUGUACUGCUCGCCCUCGAUUGCAUCCGUGCUCGAAUAUCAACCUUCCGAGCUGAUCGGUAAGACCUUGCCGACGCUGUGCCACCCGAGUGACGUUGUACCCGUCAUGCGCCUGCUCAAGGACACGAGCACGAUCCACAACUCGACCGUGUCGCUGCUGUACCGCAUUCGACGGAAGCACUCGGGUUACAUCUGGCUUGAGGCCUCGGGCAAACUGCAUAUCGAGCCGGGCAAGGGGCGCAAGUGCGUCAUUUUUGUGGGCCGCCCGCGCGAGGUCAUGAGGAUGUCGUGGACCGAUCUCAAUCAGGCUGGCGGCGUGGGAGACACCGAGUUUUGGAUGGGUGUCUCACCGGGUGGCACUAUCCUGUCGGCCACUUCGGCCGUCGAGUCGAUGCUGGGCCGCACCGGAGACGAAAUGAUGGGCAUGUCGCUACAGCAUCUUGCCGCACCCGAGCACGUCCCCGCCAUUGAGCAGGCGCUUCAGCAAUGCGCGGAUGGCGUCGCUUCGACCGUGCGCUACCGGUUCCAAAAUCAGUUGCGAUCCGGCUUCACCGAUGUAGUGACGCGAUUCUACCCUCGCGCCGUCGACGAGCUCGAGGAACCCAUCACUUCGAGCAACUUCCACUGCAACAUCCUCGCCCAGACGAACGAGGUCGGAUCGGAGCAGCGCAAGAAUGCAGGACCGUUUGCGAGCAUCUCGCCCGUCUACAGACCCGUGAUCGGAUCGUCUUCAUCGAACGUGCUCUCACCGAUGUCGGACUCGGAAUCGUCAUCCACUCCCAGCAGCCCACCACCUUUUCAAAGCACUUUCAAGACGCUCGCGCACCCAAGUGCGAUCAGCGACAACGUCUUUGACGAACUCGAGUCGCGACGACCGACCAGUUGGCAGUUCGAGCUGCACCAGCUGCAAAUUACCAACAAGAAGCUGCGCGACGAGAAGGAGCAUCUCAUCGUCACUGCGCGGAAGCGCGGCUUCGUCUUUGGCCAGCGCGCUCGUUCGGAAGCCGGGUGGACGACGCCGCUGUCGCGACGGAAAGCAUCGUCGGAUGGUGGCUCAUCGCGGGCUUCAACAAAGACGAAUGGCGGUCGUGGUUGCGCGAACUGCGGUCGCUUCGACUCGCCUGAGUGGCGCGCCGGUCCGACGGGCGCCAAGACCUUGUGCAACCGAUGUGGACUUCGGUUAGUUUCCCCUGCUCUGCGGAAUAUCCUCACUUGUAUAUCAGUCCACGUGCUGACAGACCUUAUUCUUCUCACUCCUACAGAUGGGCCAAGACACAGAAGCAGGAAACAGACGGGUCCGCCAUCGGCUCGCUCACCUCCGCGUCCCCCGGUCCUAGUGUGGGCGGGACAUCGGCCAGCUCGAGCUUCACGCCCUACUCGGCAUCUUCGGACGCUAUGCAGUGGCAGUGA